AUGGGACAAUUUGGGCUAUUCAUCUCAAGAGAACCAGUCAAAAACGCAAAGAUGUCGGUACAGUCUCUCGUUAGUGCUAAAAAGAAAACGUUUAUUGGGUUGCCUGCCCCUUUAGGCUACGUGCCAGGUCUUGGAAGAGGUGCAACCGGCUUUACAACAAGAUCUGAUAUUGGUCCGGCAAGAGAUAUAGAUGAUAUUUCUGAUGAUCGUCAUGCACCACCCAUAAAGAAGAGCAAAAAUGAUGAUGAAGAGGAGGAAGAUUUGAAUGAUGCUAAUUAUGAUGAGUUUACUGGUUAUGGAGGAAGUUUAUGCGCAAAAGAUCCAUACGACAAAGAUGAUGAGGAGGCAGAUGCUAUAUACGAGGAAAUUGACAAGAGAAUGGAUGACAAACGCAGGGAAAGGAGAGAGCUGAAACUGAAAGAGGAAUUAGAGAAAUAUCGUCAGGAAAGACCAAAAAUUCAGCAGCAGUUUUCAGAUUUAAAGAGAGAUUUGGCUGCUGUCAGCGAAGAUGAGUGGUUGAACAUACCAGAGGUAGGGGAUGCCAGAAACAAGAAACAGAGGAAUGCACGUGCUGAAAAAUUUACACCGGUUCCAGACAGUGUGUUAGCUAGAGCAGCAGCCAGCACAGGGACAGCAAACACCAUAUCUGACAGGGACCAGAAGUUUGGUGGCUUAAACACCCCAUUUGGUGCCAUCACCCCUCUAGGAACCUCAACACCCAGUGCAGACAUUGACAUGAAGAAGAUUGGGCAGGCCAGAAACACUUUGAUGGAUAUAAAACUUACACAGGUGUCGGACUCGGUCAGUGGACAGACGGUGGUGGAUCCCAAAGGUUACCUGACAGACUUACAGUCCAUGCUGCCUUCUCAUGGGGGAGACAUCAAUGAUGUGAAAAAAGCCAGACUUCUUCUCAAGUCAGUCAGAGAGACAAAUCCCAAACAUCCACCAGCUUGGAUUGCCUCUGCUAGGUUAGAGGAAGUGACAGGAAAGAUGCAGAUUGCCAGGAAUCUGAUCAUGAAGGGCUGUGAGGAAUGUCCAAAGAGUGAAGAUGUGUGGCUGGAGGCGGCGAGACUAAUGCCAGGAGACCAGGCCAAAGCCGUGAUUGCCCAGGCAGUGCGACACCUCCCCACUGCUGUCAGGGUCUGGAUCAAGGCUGCUGACCUGGAGUCAGAGAUCAAGGCCAAGAAAAGGGUCUUCAGGAAAGCUCUAGAGAUGAUCCCAAACUCUGUUAGACUAUGGAAGCAGGCUGUUGAGUUGGAGAAUGAGGAGGAUGCAAGAAUCAUGCUGAGUCGAGCUGUGGAGUGUUGCCCAACUAGUGUUGAGCUCUGGUUGGCUCUCGCACGUCUAGAGACAUAUGAGAACGCCAGAAAAGUCUUGAACAAGGCCAGAGAAAACAUCCCGACAGACCGACAAAUCUGGAUCACAGCCGCCAAACUGGAGGAGGCAAAUGGAAACAUACACAUGGUGGAGAAGAUUAUUGACAGAGCUUUGAGUUCUCUAAGAGCCAACAUGGUAGAAAUCAACAGAGAAUUGUGGAUCAAGGAUGCAGAAGAUUGUGAACAAGCAGGCAGCAUUCACACCUGUCAGGCCAUUGUCCGAGCUGUGAUUGGUGUUGGAGUGGAAGAUGAGGACAAGAAACAUACAUGGAUGGAGGAUGCCGAAUCUUGUGCUGCCCAUGAGGCUUAUGAAUGUGCCCGGGCCAUUUUUGCACAUGCUUUGUCAGUCUAUCCAAGCAAGAAGAGUAUCUGGCUCAGGGCAGCUUACUUUGAGAAAAGUCAUGGGACAAGGGAGUCUCUGGAAUCUCUGCUACAAAGAGCAGUGGCCCAUUGUCCAAAAGCUGAGGUUCUCUGGCUGAUGGGAGCCAAAUCCAAGUGGUUGGCUGGAGAUGUGCCUGCUGCCAGAAGCAUCUUGGCCUUGGCUUUCCAGGCCAAUCCCAACAGUGAAGAAAUCUGGCUGGCAGCAGUGAAGCUAGAAUCAGAGAACAAUGAGUUUGAAAGAGCCAGGCGGCUGCUACAGAAGGCCCGAGCCAGUGCUCCUACAGCCAGGGUGAUGAUGAAAUCUAUCAAACUGGAAUGGUGUCUUGGAGAAAUCAAGAAUGCACACACAUUGCUACAGGAAGCUGUCAAACAUUAUCCAGACUUUGCUAAGCUGUGGAUGAUGAAGGGACAGAUUGAGGAGCAAAAUAACAACAAAGAAUUGGCUAGAGAGGCCUACAACCAAGGGCUGAAGAAAUGUCCCCGCGCGAUUCCUUUGUGGCUACUGAUGUCACGCUUGGAGGAGAAGUCAGGGCAGCUGAUUAAGGCCAGGUCCAUUCUGGAGAAAGCCAGGUUAAAAAAUCCACAGUGUGCUGAACUCUGGCUAGAAGCAGUUCGAGUAGAGAACAGGGGCGGUCUGAAGAAUAUAGCACAAACACUUAUGGCAAGAGCUUUACAGGAGUGUCCAAACUCUGGAAUUCUGUGGGCUGAGUCUAUCGCAAUGGAGCCAAGACCUCAACGAAAAACAAAAUCAGUUGAUGCCCUGCGCAAAUGUGAACACGACCCUCAUGUACUUCUAGCAGCCUCCAAAUACAUAUUUUGGGCAGAAAGAAAGGUAGCCAAGGCCAGGGAGUGGUUUAAUCGUACGGUCAAGAUAGAGCCAGACCUGGGUGAUGCCUGGGCAUAUUUCUACAAGUUUGAGCAGGCUCACGGUGAUGAGGAUUCCCAGGCAGACAUUAAGAAGAGAUGUAUUAAUGCCGACCCUAAGCAUGGAGAGUUUUGGUGUCAAGUGUCCAAAGAUAUAAAAAACUGGAGACUCAGAACGGAGCAGAUUCUGCCGUUGGUGGCGGACUGCCUACCAUUGCCCACAUGAGGGAAAUAAUGGUGUCUUGAUGAUAAAACUUUUUUAUUUGGCAUUGUCUUACAAUGAGAUUUUGUCAUUUUUAUCAGAAGUUUUAUGAAGAAGAAGUUAGGUCUGUUGCAGUAGGAAGUUUUAUGAUUGUAACUUUCAAUGAUAGGCCGUUAAAGGGAGUGACAUGUAACUUGGAUGAAAUGAAUUAUCAUCUGUGAACUGUUACCAAUCUUCUGUAUUUGUAUGAUUCAAUAUUGAUGAGAUGUACAUGUACAUAUACAUAUAUUGCUGCAUCCAUUAGAAUUUACUGAUAAUACAGAUAUUUUGUAAAUGU